AUGGUCACCGUUGAAAAAGUCAAACAACGUAUAAACCAGUCCAAAUGGACCAAGUUGUAUAUUGCAGCAGCGUUCUUGCAGGUCGUUAUCAUUAUCGUUUUACAAUCCAUCAUCGCAAGUCAAAAUCAAGCUCAGGAAGCCAACAUCCACACCAGCUUUAUAAAUCAUCGACCCUCCACUCUCGGUGAUGGUUCAUCAAGUACCUCAGCAACCGUAGACAUAGCAUUGAGACGAUUUGAUCGAAUCAAGUGGGAGAAUGUUGCUUUUAUUAGCUUUCAAGCAUGGUUCAUUUGCAUGGCGUUUGAUGCUGUUGUGUAUCAAAAUGCAGCUGAAGUUAUUGCGUUGGCGGUGUUGAACACUAUUUGCAUUUUGAUCGGCGGUCUAGAGGUGAUGGAUGCACGACGAUGGCUAUCACGACUCGACCAAAAUUACAACUUUCCAAUUCGACUUGUUCCUCUUCGUAUUGCCCUCUAUCUCGAAAUUGCCAUGACGGUGGUACAAGUUGUCUUUGCAUUGAUAUUCAUAUAUCUGUCGUACGCCGUUGUCAAGGAAUUUGGCUGGGUCAUUUACAAAAAGAUUGGCCCCGAUGUGAUCAUGCAACGAAUGUAUCGCAUCUUCCAAUUCUUUGUAUUGGCUCUCAAAAUUGAUGUCUUUAUUGAGUUCCUUGUCUCGUUGUUUUACUUUAUUCAAUUUGCUAUUGAAGAUUUCUCCCGCUGGGAUGGUUACAUCAUUCUCAUCGUCACCAUUCUCAUCCUUCCAGCACUCUAUUUCGCACGUACAACGGUGGCAUCUGAGCAUUAUGGAAGAAUGGUCGUUUUUAUUGUUUUCCAAUUCAUUGUCAUUGUAUCCAUGAUUCUCAUGCUUUGGCGUACGGCAUCAACAGGAUGGUGGACAUGGAUUGUGUUUGUUGUCAUGGGUAUUGUUUUCGCAUUGGGCUCGUGUGCUUUGGGAGCAUGGACAAUGCAUAAUUUCGGCAAAGGCCUCAAGGCGCAUGUUCAACGUGGUGGCCCUGAAAAGAAGGAACAUCUACCAGCACAUGAACUUCAGGAACAGGCAUCUUUCACUUCCUGGAGGAUCGAUGAUGAUUAA